AUGUCAACCGAGACCGGCCUAGGGAGUGUCCCUUUAGAGAUCACAACCGAGAUCCUCAAGUAUCUAAAACAUAAUAAAGAAGACCUCAUGUCACUAUCUCUUGUUUCAAAGAAGCUACAUUCAUUGACCUCGCUGGCCCUCUAUGAGACCGUGGUUUUAGAUUUGGAUUACUUCAAUGACUUCGACUUCGAAGAAAGCUACGACGGAUUUCGAUACAUAUCACUUUUAAGGAAAGGGCACCAGAACCUUCAUUUGAUCAAAAAUUUCGGCGUCAAGGGAAACUUAGGCGUUGAAGUUAAACCUGAUAAAGCUAAAAAGAUGGUCUCUCGAUCUUUCAAUUGGAUCGUUCUCAGUAUUAUGCGUCGCUUAGGCACUGGUCAGCUUCGCAACUUCAUCUGGAAUACAGAACUCGAUAUCACGAAACCUCUCGCGAAUGAGCUCCAAUGUCGACAAAAACUUCAAGGCAUUUGGGUAUCCAACAGCGGUGCCCAAGCACUUGGCUUCAUCAGCAAAGUUCUAUUCCAAGCCAUUAGUACCUCGUAUCACUUAAAGAAUCUUCAUUUCGACGGAAUAAACGAGCCGGACAGCCUUUUGACGCUUCUAGCAGAUCUUGAAACUCUCCACGGUCCCAGAAAUUUGCAAAGUCUUACCAUCGGCGUCGCGAACAGCGAAGUAAUUGAGGAGACGGAGCUUUGGAUAAAGGACUCUGAUACCUCCUCUCUAUCCUUACAAAACGAUGAUGAUGAUUCCAUGCAGGCUGUCCCAAGAUGUCCUUAUUUGGAAUAUCUAUCGUUGAACGGGGUAGAUAAUGAUUUUCUCGCGAAACUCAACAAUCCCCUCAAGAUCGAGGAAUUCUUUGAUAUUAACAAGUUGCAGACAUUGAAAUUGUUGAAUACCAAAGAUAUAUCAAGCACACUAGAAUCAUUGCGAACACUACCGGUCAAAAUAAAGACGUUCCAUGUGAGCGGCAAGAGCUCCAUCAGGCCAAUAGAAGCGUUCCUAGCCUCGUUUACCGGGCUCAAAGAGCUGUAUAUCGACAUGAAGCCUACUAAAUUGUCAUUGGUACACGGCUAUAUAGGCUUGAAAAACCACACAUCUACCUUGGUCAGGCUCUUUGUAAGGUUGCGCACCAAAAAUGACGAUGAGAACUUCGGAGACAUUUUUAGGGAUCUCGUGCGCGCUGGGAAAAGGUUCCCACAGCUUCUAGAGCUAGCGAUUUCUUGCCCGCCUCCAGACUUAGAGGAAUUGCGCAUCGACUGCGAUGACCACCUACCAAAACUGCAGUUCCUCUGGCUUCUCAGUGAUGCUAAAACCUGGAAAGAAGAUGACGUUAAACUGGACAAUCUCAUCCGCCUCAUCCGCCCACUACUCCGAUACGAUAACUAUUACCACAAUCGGUGGCCCUUCGUGGCCGUCGGAGACCGAUCGGUGGAACAAUGGCCUUUCGUAUUCGAGCUAUGUGAGACGUUUUCUAUUACCGGUUACAUCGGCACCAGCUUGAGCUAUGUACCUCAUCGAUAUUUGUUUAACCACAAUCCAGACCUAGUUCUGUUGAAUAUUGAUAGGGCUUGGCUUCCGUGGCAGGAAGAGUAA